UUCAUUGGUUGAAAAACUGCCAAACUGAGCUGAACUGUGAGUCAAAAGUAAAUAUCGCAACGCAACCGCAACAAUAAAAUCAAAAAAAAAAAUAAUUAGAAAAUUUUCCAAAGGAAGACACAUACAUAGAUAUACAUACAUUUAUAUGUAUAUGAAAACUACAGCUUAAAAGGAGCCAAGUGAAGACGUGUAUUCUAUAAAACAGUUUCGGCAAAUAUUCAAUUAAGGAUAUUUUCAAUUUCCAAAGACUGUAAAACCACCGCAAGAAUUUUAGAGCAUUGUUUUUGUGAUUUCUGUACUUUUAUUGACAUUACGACAUUUGUGUGACAACACAUCGAGCAAUUAGACACUAUAUUCAAAAAGAAUAUAGCAAAAACAUAAAAGUAAUAUAAGCGAAAUUUAUUAAUUGCAAUAAUCCGAUAAAAAUCAAUAACACAUUUACAAUAUGAAAGUGGACACUGCUACUUUGGAAGUCAUUUCGCCAAAAGUGCAAAUCAGCGAGAACUACAUUGAGACCGACUACGAGUAUCAGACGUCGCAUGUCAAACGUAGCGCCAAUGGCAAGAUUCAGGUUCACCCGGAGACAGCCGCGCUCAAAAUACGCACCGAUCGUCGUGUACCCAAAUUGGGUUUAAUGCUUGUCGGCUGGGGUGGCAACAAUGGUUCCACACUGACAGCCGCCUUAGAGGCUAAUCGUCGCCAAUUGCAAUGGCGUAAACGUACCGGUGUACAAAAGGCCAAUUGGUUCGGUUCCAUUACGCAAGCAUCGACCGUACUGAUUGGUUCCGAUGAAGAUGGCAAGGAUGUGCAUAUACCAAUGAAAGAUCUCGUACCCAUGGUCGAUCCCGAUGAUAUUGUCGUUGACGGUUGGGACAUUAGUGCGGCGAAUAUCGGCGAUGCCAUGCAACGCGCACAAGUAUUGGAUGUCGAGUUGCAAGAUCAAUUGUACAAGCAUUUAUCGACGCUCCAGCCGCGUCCUUCAAUUUACGAUCCCGAUUUUAUUGCGGCCAAUCAAUCCGAACGCGCCGAUAAUCUGAUUAAGGGCACCAAGUUUGAGCAGUACGAACAGUUGCGUCGUGAUAUACGUGAUUUCAAGCAGAAGUCCGGUGUGGAUACGGUGCUCGUAUUAUGGACGGCGAAUACGGAACGUUUCUGUGAUGUAAAAGAGGGACUGAAUACCAGCAUGGCUGAGUUGGAGGCAUCGUUGAAGGCGAACAAAGCAGAGAUAUCGCCAUCGACUAUUUUCGCAAUGGCCAGCAUUGACGAGGGUUGCACCUAUAUCAAUGGCUCGCCGCAAAAUACUUUUGUACCUGGUCUAGUUGAAUUAGCCGAACAUAAGGGAAUUUUCAUUGCCGGCGACGAUUUCAAAUCGGGACAAACCAAGCUAAAGUCAGUGUUGGUUGACUUUUUGGUGGGCGCUGGCAUUAAGCCAGUCUCCAUUGUGAGCUACAAUCAUUUGGGUAACAAUGAUGGCAAGAACUUGUCGGCGCCGCAGCAGUUCCGCUCUAAGGAGAUUUCCAAGAGCAAUGUUGUCGACGAUAUGGUCGAAUCGAACGAUGUACUCUACAAACCCAACGAGCAUCCCGAUCAUGUGGUGGUCAUCAAAUACGUACCCUAUGUUGGCGACAGCAAGCGUGCCAUGGAUGAGUACACCUCGGAAAUUAUGAUGGGCGGUCACAACACGCUCGUCAUACACAACACCUGUGAGGAUUCACUACUUGCCUCACCACUAAUACUAGACUUGGUCAUACUCGGCGAAUUAUGCUCACGCAUACAGAUCAAGAGUAAUGAACGCGCCGACGCACCUUGGGUCUCCUUCAAACCGGUGCUCUCGCUGCUCAGCUACCUAUGCAAGGCCCCAUUGGUGCCACGUGGCACACAAGUUGUGAAUUCACUCUUCCGUCAACGUUCCGCCAUUGAGAAUAUUUUACGCGGCUGUAUUGGUCUGCCACCCAAUUCACACAUGAUGUUGGAACAACGUUUCAACUUUGCGUCGAUCACCAAUGAGCCCCCCACAAAGAAAUUGAAGAGCGUGUCGAAUGGUUGUGAAUUGAAUACCAAAUGCGCCAAUGGUCAUGUUGCCAAAGCAUCUAAUGGUCAUUAUGCCAAUGGCAAUGCGAAUGGCCACACGAAUGGUCUCACUCAUUAGAAGCUCAUUUGUUGCGGCGCUCAAGCAUCUUUUUGGAUGAAGUCGAAAUAAUGUGACACUAUUGUUGGUGGUUGGGGCAUAGGAGAACUAUUUAGUUAAUAGUAAAUAUAAGAUCAGUGUGAGACAUUCCCUACACGUUAUCCCACCCUUGACGCAUAUUUAUUUUGUAAGCUUCACUCCGGCUCAUUUUACGAGUAGAUGGCGCAUUAGUAACAAUUUACAAAAUAAAUAAUUUAGUUCUAUGUAGUUUAUAGCGCACCUUUAAUAUUGUACUUGCAAACAUAUAUAAGUAUAUAACUGUAAAAUAUAUAUACAAUAACAAAUACAUGUUAGACAAAGUUGGGUUAAACCAAAUAAAUAAGAAAAAAGAAAUAAAUACAACAACAAAAGCAAAUUCCUAAUGGCCAAUAAUAUUUGACAUGGCCAUUGUAUAACGAAAUUUUUCCAUUAAAAGGAAUAAUUAAAAUAAUUAUUGUUUUAUUAUUGUAUUGAAAAGUAAACAAAUUAUGAGAGAAUAAAUUGAUUUGAUAUAGUUUUAUAUUUUUUAAAUAAAUAUUUUUGCAACACA